GACUACUGGCUGUCCCUGCUCUACAAGCGCCUCAUCGGUCCCAAGGUCCUGGCGAUCCACGUGGCCGGUCUCCAGAGGAAACCCCGGCCUGGCAGAGUCAUUCGUGACAAGCUCCGCAUUUAUGCCCACUGCACCAGCUACCACAACCACAACUACGUCCGGGGGUCCAUCACCCUUUACAUCAUCAACCUGCAUCGCUCCCGGAAGAAAAUCAAGCUGGCAGGGACGCUGCGGGAUAAGAUCGUCCAUCAGUACCUGCUGCAGCCCUACGGCAAGGAUGGGCUCCACUCCAACUGCAAGAAGCACUCGGGGUCUGGUGCCCACCAUCUGCUGCGGAGGGCUGGGGGGCUGGAGUAUAGCCCGGGAUGGGCACCCUCCCCAGUCCCACCCGUCCCACUGCCCCUCAGGGGCCCGGCGCUGGAGGACAGCCUCAACACCCUCUUCGCCCCCCUCAUCAUCUCCUGCGCGGCGCUGCUGGAGAAGCUGGCCGACACCUACACCUGCUUCGUGACCGAGGGCGGGCGGCACCUCCACGUCCUGCACAUGUUUGGGGACUGCCUGUACAUCGCGGUAAACGGUGACGGGACGGAGAGCGAGGACGACCUGCGCCGGACGCUGUUCGUGCUGCGGCGCUUGGUGGAGGUUCACUGUGGCCUCGUCACGCUCGACUCCCACCUCAUCCGCAAGGAGUUGCGGCCGGCCGCUUCGGAGCAGCGGGCUGUGGAGCGACUGAUCCACCCUCAGCUCUGCGAGCAGUCCAUCGAGUUCCUGGAGCGGGAGGUGGUGCAGUACAUCAACGCCAGCCCGGAGCGCGGCGGGGAUGAGGUGGGCCAUGCAUUCCUCCUGGUGCACACCAAGCUGCUGGCCUUCUACUCCAGCCGCAACGCCAGCUCCAUCCGCCCUGCCGACCUGCUCACCCUCAUCCUCCUGGUGCAGGACCUGUACCCCAGCCAGAGUGCCGAGGAGGAGCUCGGCCCCCAGGUGCUCCAGAGCAGGCCUGCAGCAGGGAAGGUGCUCCCCCAGGGACCCAAGAGAAGCGAGAGCAUUCCCAUGAGCGGCCCUGGCUCCCACAAUGCUGCAGAGAAGGACUCAGAUGACCAGGACACAGACGAUCUCUCCGUGCCUGAGAUCUUCUACACACCAGAGCCCUCACCAGGCAGGCACAGCACGAGCAGCGAGAGCUGGUCGGAGGGCACUGAGAUGCUGGGCACCGGGGAGGCAGACGCUGCAGAUGUCCAGAUGGCAGAGGACUUGCUCCAGACCUUGGGGCCUCUGGUGCCUGAAGCUUCAAACCCCAGAAGGAUCUUCCUGGACGCCAACCUGCGGGAAGGUUACUGCCCCUUGCUGCCCCACACCAUGCACUGCCUCCCACUCUGGCCGGGCAUAUCCCUCGUCCUCCUGACCAAGGGCCCCAUGACUCAGGUGGCUGUCACCUUGUACCAGCUGCUGGAUGGUUUCCUGGUACUGGAGAGGAAGCUGGAAGAGGGGCCAGAGGCGGGAGCCCCACGCUCCUUUCCAUUCCUGGCUGAGCUGCGGCAGCGCAUGGACAAGUUUGUGAAGAAGCAGAGGGGGCAGGACAUCCAGUUGCAGAACACCUGGGUGGACUUCAAGAACAAGAUAUUUUCCCGGAGCGAGCCUGGGAGCUCCCUGGAGCUGCUGCAGGCAGUGGCCAACGUGAAGCGGCAGCUCUGCUCCGUGUAUCGCCAGCUCUUCCUGGCAUCCGCCAGCCACAGCCUGUCCCAGGGGCUGCGGGACCGUGCCCAGAGGCUGAUGAGGGAGAAGCUGCUGGACUGGCGGGACUUUCUGCUGGUGAAGAGCAGGCGCAAUAUCACUAUGGUGUCAUAUCUGGAGGACUUUCCUGGCCUGGUGCACUUCAUCUACGUGGACCGCACGGCUGGGCAGAUGAUGGCACCAUCGCUCAGCAUGACAGAGAAGACCAGCUCGGAGCUGGGCAAGGGCCCCCUGGCCACCUUCAUCAAGAGGAAGGUAUUGCCUCUGGGGCUGGGGGUGGGAUGGGGACUGCAGGAGGGAGCAAUGGUUGGAGGGUUUUCGGAUGGGGACUACUGCUGCUCGUACUUCCUCUGGUUUGAGAACGAGCUGGGCUACAAGCUGGAGGUGAUGGAGGUGCCAGUUCUCUCUGAUGAUUCUGCUCCCAUCGGGAUGCUGGCAGGAGACUACUACAGGAAACUGCUGCGUUACUACAGCAAGAACCACCAGGCAGAGGUGGUGAAGUGCUACGAGCUGCUGACUGUGCACCUGGGCAUCAUUCCCUCCGAGCUCGUGGUCCAGCAAGCCUGCGACUUGGCCCGGCGCCUCUGGGAACCCUCCCGCAUCCCCCUGCUCUGA